AUGAACAAACUAGAAGCAGCAGGGAGAAUGGUCCAAUGGGCGAUCGAACUCAACCAAUUUGACAUCGAGUACCAUCCAAGAACGGCUAUCAAGGCGCAAGCUCUGGCUGACUUUAUCGCUGAAUUCACUCUUCCAGACGAAGAUGGAAUUACUGACGAAGUUGAUAAAUGGACAAUACAGACAGAUGGUUCGUCAGCCCAAAAGAAGGGGGGAGUAGGGGUCGUCAUAACCACCCCCGAAGGAGAAGUGAUGAAAUAUGGGGUUCAACUAAAGUUCCCAGCCACCAAUAACGAAGCCGAGUAUGAAGGAAUAUUGAUGGGCUUAAGGCUUGGGAAAGCUCUUGGUGCCAAAAACUUGUUGAUCCAGAGUGAUUCAAAGCUGGUAAUCGGACAGAUCAGUGGAGAGUACAAGGCAAAGGAAGAAAGGAUGCAGAAAUACCUUAAACUGACAAGGCAACUAACUCAGGAGUUCGACACAGUGGAGUUCGUUCAGAUACCAAGAAGCCAGAAUAUUGGGGCCGACGAAGUAUCAAAGAUAGCGUCAUCAAAAGAAGGGAGGACGGGCAUGGACAUGGCAAUAGAGAUCCAGAAACACCCGAGUAUUGAAGAGGUUGCGGUGUUCACCAUCCUAAGGACAGACACCUGGAUGACACCCAUUAUAUCCUUCCUCCAGGACGGGCACCUACCUCAGAACACUGACGAAGCAAGAAAGAUCAAGAAGAGAGCAGCCAGGUUCACGAUCCUGAACGACGUCUUGUACAAGAGAGGCUUCUCUAUGCCUUACCUGAAGUGCGUCGACGAAGAAGAGGCCAAAUACAUCCUGGAAGAAGUACACGGAGGAAUCUGUGGCGACCAUGCCGGCUCCAGAUCCCUGGUCAACAAGGUGAUAAGAGCAGGGUAUUUUUGGCCAACCAUGCAGGUGGAUGCUGCUGAUAUCGUCAGAAGGUGCGACAAAUGCCAGCGGUACGGGAAUGUGCAACGGCUUCCAGCGGAGAAAAUGACGACCAUAGCUUCCCCAUGGCCAUUCGCACAAUGGAGAAUCGAUAUCGUCGGUCCUCUGCCCCAAGGUAAAGGUCAGUUCGACAACCAAGGCUUCAGAGAAUUCUGCUCAGACCUCGGAAUCAAGAAUCAGUUCUCAUCCCCAGGACAUCCCCAAGCAAACGGACAGACGGAAGUAACGAAUAGGACGUUGCUCAAGAUUAUCAAAACCAAGCUGGACGAAGCAAAAAGUGCCUGGCCAGAAGAACUACCUAGUGUCCUAUGGGCUUACAGGACCACAGCCAGAACCCCAACAGGAGAGACACCCUUCAGGCUUACCUAUGGCAUAGAGGCAGUAAUCCCAGUAGAAGUUGGAGUAACAAGCAUCAGACGAGGAACAUUCAGAGAAGGACUCAAUGACGAUGAACUGCGGCUCAACCUGGACUGCCUAGAUGAAGUAAGAGACAACGCGUCCAGUAGAAUGAUAAAGUAUCAAAAAAAGAUGACCGAAUACUACAACAAGAGGGUUAAACUCAGGCGACUGGACAUAGGGGACCUCGUCCUUCGCAAAGUCACUACAGCAACCAAAGACCCUACUCAAGGAAAGUUGGGCCCUAUGUGGGAAGGACCUUACCGCGUCAUUCACUACUCUAGACAAGGAAGUUACCAUCUGGAGACUAUGGACGGACAAAAGCUCCAACGGCCAUGGAACAUUGAGCAUUUAAAGAAAUACCAUGAGUAA